AUGGCAUCUUUUAAUAGCAGUUUCUUGCGGGAGAUUGUAGAUGAGAUUGAUUCGCACUACAGCGAAGCUGAAGGCCUCCAAGAAGCAACCACAACCAGCAGCAGCAGCAGCAGCAGCAGCAGCAGUAGCGGCAACAGCAGCAGCAGCAACAACAGGAGGGGUUCUUUACCUAUUCAAAUUGAAUACGUGUUUAAGGCGUCUACGGCGGUAGCUCUACAGGCUCUUGAUGCUGGACAAGCGCAUAUGACAGAUAUAAAUAUGGUGCUGAGUCAGAAUCCUUUCAAUGGGCUAACGGGGUCUUCUCGUUAUAGUAGAUCAGAGCAGGUAAUAACUCAAUCUACAGUAGUUAUUGUUCGUGGCGACGCCAACAUUGCAAGUUUGCAUGCAUUAAGAGGGGCUAUAUUUCUUUCAGAAGAUCAGGAAAGCCGCACCGUAGUUGUAGACAGCCAGUGGAAUCAUCAGAGUCUUGCGCGUGUGCUUCCUCCAUAUACUAUUUAUGAAUUGCUUUCUGAAGGAGUGCCUGGGUCUCAGCUUAUAGAUGUGCUCCUCGAUGAAGAAGCUCUUGCUGCUACAACACAAAUGCCUCUCCCGUGGGUUCAUUACGGUCUUCGCCAGUUUGUUGCUGGAGCUACAUAUGCAACGGGUGCUUUCUUUCUAAUGGAUCGUCAUGGAAGCAAGUGCCCUACUGCAGCAAGCGCGAAAGCUGCUGCUGCUGCUGCUGCUGCCGCUGCACCUCCCCGUUCAGAACAUAUUUCAGGAGAUAAACCAGGAGAAGAUCCUGCUCUAUCUUCUCUGCGUCGGGAGUUAACAAAGAAAAGCGUUACAUUUCAGCGUCCUCAUUUACUUAGCGGCCGCCCUAAACCCGUAUGGGAUAGCGGCAGCUUUCCUGGAGAGGGGCCCCUGGGGGCCCCCCUUGUAGGAGAAGAUUCAUAUCCUGCUACUCCGGGCCCUUGGACAACUGAACCCUCUACUCCUGUGGGUGAGACAGAUCUGUUUGAUAGUUUAAAGAUGAAUUCCUUAGAGCCUCUUGCCUCUGGUCGUCGCUACAUACGGACGAGAAGUCUACAGGAAGCUUAUAAUGCUGCACUUGUGCAAUUGGUAAAUACUUCUGUAUUGGAUGGGUUGAUAGAAGAUUUACAAGAAAUUAAUAUUGUGCCUUUCUUUGACUGUGGAGGAACAGUACCGGGCUCUGUUUCAGGAAGCUUUCCUCUCCCGCAUCGUAUCCCAGCAGAUGAUGCAUUGAUGGAUAUUCUAAGAACAGGGGUGGUCUUAGUAGGCAUGCCAAUAGAGAUGCGUGCAGCAGCAGUUAGCCCAGAGGUGCUGUAUGCACAGAGAGCGACAGUAGAGGUUGUUGCUGCUAUAGGAGCAGAAUAUCAUACUACUUUACAAGCACGCUUCGUUCCAUUCCCAACGGCGCAACAUGUUCUUCGAGCUCUGCAUAAAGGCCUUAUUCAUCUUGCUGAUGCACGCGUAUUGUUUGAGUAUGCGAGCCCGCAUGCAAGGCUAGGCUUCAGAGUGAGACCGACAUGCGCACUUGGGGCUGCACGCCUAUGGAUGGUAUCGCAGAACAAAGAAGGGAUGACAUCUCUUGAAGAGCUUCAUGAAACAUUAGAUAAGCUGCCUGAUAGCAGCGACAAGAGAGUAGGGGUGGUGGAGCAGCAUCUUCAGAACACUGUCUGCAGCGUUCUACCCUCUGGUGUUGCUGUUCUCGUACUAGGGGUAGAAGAAGCAGCAGAAGCUCUUCUAUCUCGUGCUGUUGCUGCUGUCUUCGGGAUGGCUACGCAGCAGCGUCGCCUUCUUCGCUCUCUCCUCCACUUAGAAAAGAAGAUGGCGGAGCGAGAAGAACGCCCGUGGGAGAAGACAACACCGGACAACAGCACUGCAAGCAACAGCAGCAGCGGCGGCGGCAGCAGCAAUAGCAGCACUAACACCAGCAGCAGCAGCAGCAGCAGCAGCCAAGAGGCCAAACAGGAUGCACCGAAAGCAGCGACGCCGUAUGGAUCCCCUGGGAGCCGAUCCCCAGUUGGCGGCUCCCCAGAAGCCAGCAACAACAGCAGCAGCAGCAGCAGCCGCCCUUCUAGCGAGCGCUACGACAAUCUAAGUGAAGAUGGUUCUGGGGGGUUUUCUUGGCCUAUGCUGGCGCCUUCUUUGCAAUAUACAAAAGAUAUUUUUCAAGAGCUAAUGAAAGCAGAAGGGCUCCCUCUAGAGACACCAGAAGCUCCGCAGCAAAGUGCAGCCUCCUGGAUUGAUGUAGACACUGGAGUAACAGCUGUUGUGCAUUCUUUCUUUGCGGCCUCUCUGCGUCCCCCUAGAUCUUCCCAGCAGUAG